GGCCACUUUAGGAAUCCGCUGCUUCCCGGCUGCCGUAGACGCCAUCUUGUCGUCUCGCGCCGCGCCGGCCCCGCCCCGCUCCCGCCCCCUCGCGCUGCCCCGCCGCGCGCCGUUGCCGGGGUAACGGCGGCGCGUCCCGGCACUGGAACGGCACGGCACGGCGGGGCAGGGCAGAGCGGCGGCGGGCGGCGGGCAGCGGGCGGCGGUUUACAAGAUGACUACAAUAACAUCUUCAAGAGGACCUACAGAAGUGGUUAGUGCCAGAAGGACAGAGUUACGUGAUGUUGCUGAUAUUAUCAGCCUCUUCAGCCAUUUUACAGAAAAUGUUUUUGGAAGGAUUGAUGUCAUGCACCUUUUAGAAAAAUCUAAUCUUUCUCUGAUACUCUGCAAUGAGAAGAAUGAGGUUAUAGCCCAUGCUGCCUUUCUGGACUAUCCAAAUUGGAAUAUCACUGAUCAGUCUGAUUGGGAAUCAUUCUUACAUAAAAACUACCUUAACAACAAAUGCACUCCUUUGAACACGCUGUUCAUGCAUCUUUUUGUGGCAAAAGAGGAAUAUGCAGCUGGAUGUUCCCAAGAAAUUAUUAGGAGGGUUUUUAUUGCAAUACCAGAACUGCAGUUUAUACUUCUCUUCAUACCAGCUGAUGAGAAUUUAGAGCCAGGCUUGGAAAGUGUCUUUGAAAAGAUGAUAACUGCUCCAGGUUCAGCAGUGGAUACAAACUUUACUUUGCUUGUGAGCCCCAGACAUUGGUAUCACCCGCAGCUGCAUGUUCGCAAAGCAAGGUUGGAAGAUUACAAUGAUCUCAUGCCAAUCUGGACGCGUCAGAAUGAGACUCUGAAAGAAACCUAUAGUGAAUAUUUCCUUGCUGAUAUAAUAGAACAUCAAGAUGAAGAAAAUCAAGCUGUUGUUUGUGAGGCUGGAGACACUGCAGUGGGAUUCAUGAGCUUAUGCUCUCAAGUAGAUGUUUCCUUGUUUCAUGCAUGUUUUGACUUAGGGCCUUUCCAUGGACUCUGUAAACCACAUCCUGAAGAUGUUCUCAAAGUGUCACAGGAGCCAAGCAUUCCAGAAGGUGAAGAUAAAAGCAACCAAACAAGUCAGGAAGCAGAGUCCAUUUCAUCUCAAAACGUGGAACGUAUUAGUGACCAAGAUGCAGCUGUGCAGAAAGGUGAAGUGAUUACCAUUUCCCAUACUGAACUGCUUUUAGAUUAUAUCACACACAAAGAUUUUAAAGCCUCAGCAUCACCCCUCCUUGAGACUGAAGAAAAAGAUACUUUCCAUCCAGUGUACAGAGGAGCUUCAAAUACUGUCUGUAUUCGUCUAUUUUGUAUUGAUGAGAAGUAUGAGACUAGGUCACUGGAUUUUUUGCAUUAUGUUUUCAAGCUUUUUCCAGACAAAGACUUCUGUAUCAUCCUUGUGCCACAUCAUGUGCCGGAGUUCUGCUUGAUCCGGAGUUUUGUUCGCGUUGUCCCUUACUUUACUACCCAGCUUGGCCAUGAGCUUUACGUGUUCCACCGUGCUGGAUUGCUCAAGUCCUUUAAUGUAAGAAGAGCAACAACAAAUGAUAUACCUGGUGUCAAAAUGCUUAUUAAAACCCUUAGCUUGAAUGAAAGUAUAUUGAAUGACUUAAAGAUAUUUACUUUGGCUCGCAGGGAUCCAGAUGGGACCCCAGUACAAGCAUUCAUAGCAGAAGUUUUGGAUCAAAUAGUUGGCAUUUCAGUCAUUAGAGAUGAAAUGGAUAUUGAGUAUAUUCGAUCACAUUACAAUAUUGAAGACUUUAUUCAUUUUAACCACCACCAGCAAGAGGAACAUGGACGUCUUUACCACUUUGCCUUAAAUCCAAUAUUUCAUCACUAUACCAAACACUUUCUAAAGGAGAUUCUUCGCUUAGCCCACAAAUCUUCUCUUUACUACCCUAUUUAUCCACAGUAUGAAGAGGGCAAGUUUCAGAAUCCUUGUGCCCAUUCCCUGACAUCUGCCCUUCAUUACAUGGUUCCCGUGCGACCAAGACGACAGAUUGUCUAUCCUCUGGAAGAGCUUGGCAUAAACGCUCCAUCAGAGCAGGUCUCCAAGGAUCAGCUGAGUUACUCUUUGAACCACAUAAAUCGAAAGUUAAUAACGGAAUCUAAAACGUCCAUCAACAGUAGAAUUGUGGUGGUUGGUGCAUCUGAUGUUGGAAUCUCAUUUCUAGAAACGCUUGUUUUUUGUCCGCACCUGAAGUUUAACAAUCUGACCUUGAUUUCAAUUCAUGGCCUUCCAGGAAAAGACCUUCCAGCCUCCAAACAUAGAAGAUUUUUAAUUAACAGCCACUGUUUUAAUGAUGAAGAUUAUGCACAGAUGUCACUUUGUUCCUGGGUUAACAUUGUGGUUGGUAAAAUGAUUGGCAUAAAUCGCACAGCCAAAUAUGUAGUUAUUUCCAAGCAGAGAAAAGUACCGUAUGACUACCUUGUUCUCUGCAUGGGACAGAAAUACCAGGUCGUGUCUCCUACUGGAGCAGAUGUAAGUAAACUCCCAACUAACAGAGAUGUCCUAAGUGAAUGGCCACAGAGAUACACAGGGAAAGUCCCUUCCAAUCAUUUUACUCUCAAUGACGAUCAGGACUGCUUAAAGGCAAUGCACUGGCUGGAAGAAAACAUCGUCAACUCAGAAGGGAACGUCAUUGUCUAUGGGAAUACAAUUGACAUUUACACCACGGUAGAAACCCUCUUAUCUCUUGGAAUUAAUGGUUCUCGCAUACAUCUCGUGCAGCCUCCACUCAGCUCAAAUGUUACUUGCCUUAACAACAGUGAAAUCGAAAGUGCUGUUCAGGAGGCACUGUCAGAGGCUGGCGUGUCUGUUUAUUAUGACAGUAUCCUGGCACAGUGGAGCAAAGGCGACGACCCAGACCUUAUCACUUGUGCUGCUUUCACUACUAAUACAAAACCAUUCAAAUUGCAGUGUUCGGCAUUUUUCAGCUUUGCCUACAGGACUGUGGAUUAUGAAACCUUUAAGGCAAUUAAUGAUGCUUGCCUUGUUUUUGAUGGAAGACUUGUGAUUGAUACUGAAUUCCAUACUAAUGAUGUCAGUAUCAGGGCUGCAGGUUCUUUAACAAAGUACUCCAGGAAAUAUUAUGCAGAUGAAUGGACACACAGCAACUUCAAUUCAAAAGAGAUUGGCUUUGAACUUGCUACAUCUAUGCUGAAUCUCUUUGAUCCAACCCUUAAGCCCUUUUCUAAGCCACCAGAAGGCAUGGAUAGCCUCAUCCCCAUGUACAAGGGGUGUAAAAUUAAAGGAGGUGUUCUUCCCAGAGGUUGUAAUUACUUGCAUAUUUCCAAACCAGAAAUCCCCAUCCACUUGGACGUAGAGCUUGCACUGUCUGACCAUGGUAUGGAAAUGAUAACUGGAAAGGCAGGACAUGGGAAUUAUUUUAGAAUGCAUAUCAACAAAUACAGCAUGGUAGAUAGCAUCACGUGCUUUUCAAAGACACCCUUUCCUGUGUCCAACUAUAUUUGCUUGUAUGGACAGCAUGAACGUCUUCUUAAUGAUCUUCAUUAUCGCUGGAAUGAAGGGCAGAUUACAGACCUUUACAGCUACUUCAGGGAACCUUGGUCCAUGGCCAUCUAUCACGAUCGGUUUAUUGAUCUCAAGAAGGAACUGCGCCAAAUCCUGCUGUCGGAACAGGUAAGAAAAAUGACCAGCAAGUGCAUUUUAUUAUUUGGGCAAUUUGUUAGUGUUGUUCACUUCGGUUUCUUUCCCCAUCCUUCUCCUAAAGCGUUGCAUUUCUGUUUAGCUAUUUCCUUUGGGAAACCUGAACAGAUCCUAUACCUAGCCGGGGGGUUUCACCAAGUACAGCAUAUUGUUUGGUUUCAUUGUUUUGGCAUAUUUUUAGAUUUGUCAGUAGAACCUUUCACUAAAUUGCUUUGUUUUCCUGCACAGCAUUUUUGCAUUACACAUGCAGUUUAGUAGAAAUAUCCAGGAGGAUCUGGAGGCUUCUUUUAUCCAGUUAUCACUUAAAAAAAAUCCUAAUAGGAACACACUAAAUGCCAUCGUAAACCUGUCUCAGCUGAGGCUAUGAAAAGUAGAUUUUUCAACAUCUACACAUAGGGAAUGGCCUUUGUAAAUAAAAGAGUCAAAAUUUUUUUUUUCUCAGUGAUAGGUGGAUUUCCUGAAUAAGGAUUAAAAUGUUUGCUAGUGCUGUUUACAGCUGUAGCCUUCAUACUGUAGACAAGAGGCAUAAAGACUCAGUAGUCUGUAACUUUGCCUGCUCAAAACCCAAGCCCACUGCGCACCACGAAACAACCGCUGUCUGCAGCAGAUUUCCAACCACCCAAGGACCGCCCUACCCCAGCGUAUUUCUGGUUGCUCUCAGACCUAAUGGCAGCCCAAAUCCUGAUCCUUCCAACCUGCUGUUAGGGACCACUUGGCCCUCCCUUUCCUCACACUGUGUUUGCUUUUGUUUUAUGCAGCAAGAUUCUGUGCGAGUGCAGUGUUUUUAAGCAUUCGCUGACAACGUUUUUAACUGCAGAAAGCAAACAGAAUCAACUAUGAACGGACAGAGGCUGACAAAAGGAAGGGAUGCUGCGUGGAUGGCAGCCCACCCGCUCACAGGGCCCAGACUGGUGUGCUGUCUUGUGUCACAGCUGUAAUACACAAUUGCUCGGCCCCUGCCUCCUCCCAAAGGGCGAGAUGCAAUUUUCCUCCUUUUGUCAUGAUACCGACAAUGCCUCGGUGCAGUUUUAUUUUAGAUUCUCUUGAAAGAUAUCUAUAAAAAAACACAAAAUGAAAUUCUGUGCAGAAUAGGAGGCCUGAUGAGAAGUGUUUCUCCUGCCAUCACUCAACCACAUUUCACAUGCUGUAAAUGUGAACAACUUUAGAGAAAGGGGAAUUGGUGUCCUACAAAUGUCACAAUUAAAGACUUGCUUGCCUUACCCUUUUCUAGUGGCAGCAGACCUGACACACAAAAAUAGUCUCAUUGAAUGCACCAAAAGCACCUCUAUGAGCCAGAAACACAGAUGACAGUAACUGCAUCUGGAUGCAAAUUUGGCUUUGCCUUUUGUAUAUUCGCUUGGAUUUUCUUCACGGUGAUUUUAACAAUACUUAUUGACUGCCACUUUUGUACACUUUCCUGGGGUGCUCCUCCCUGGCAUGCUGCCAGAGGCAUGGUAGGUACUUAGGGAAUAUCUCACACGUGCCUUGGGACUGGCUUGGUAUUGCUGUGUGGGGCAGGAGACCUGCCAUCUGUGCUUCCUGUUGCUCAUAGCUCAGCUCACUUCGGCAUGCAAAAACGCUAGUAAUGAAAUGUAAAAGCGAGGAAAAAGCAUGUCUUCCAGAGAGCAGGGUAAGAACCGAGGGUAAACACACACAGGUCAGCCGUUUCCAGUUACGGUUUCCACAGAUACUGGUGAUGAGUCUCACGUGUUUAGGGGCAAUGUUUAAGGAAAUAUUUAAGGAACACCGAAGCAACACAUGCCUAGAGGGGCCAGCUGCGGCUGGCACGGGAAGUGUUUUCAAGCCCCGUACACAAACCUUCACCCAGCGCUGCAAACGGCGUGCGCACGGCUCGGGCGUGGUGCCCGUGCCCAGCGCCCGGCCCUUUCCCUUCGGCUGGGUCCCCGCCAGGGCCGCCAGCACGGAGCCUGAGGGCCCUCGCGGGGCGCCACGCGAGGGGCACGCGGCGGAGCGGCUCCGCUCCGCGCCGCGGCUGA